UCAGAAUCAUCAUUCCUUUUUUUUUUGGAUUUUAAGUCCAGAAUCAUCAACUCUCAAACCCGUUUUUUAAAUCAGAAUGUCUGAUCGAAUGGGGGUUGGGAACUAAAUCUCAGUUUGAAUUUUCUGCGGUUUGAUUCCAUAAUUGCCAAUGGUUAUAAGCAAAUAACGUAGCUUGGUACAAUGACAUCAUGUGACCGUAUGAACAUCGCAUAGGAUGUCUUCAGAUCAUUACUAUUCCCCAGUUUGUUAGCCUCAGUGUUUUUUGAGUUGUCUCCGGAACUGAAGCUCUGAGUUCAACGUCCUGUGAAUGAAAGCAAAUGUCGGAUGUUUCACGAUACAAAUGCACAAACAUUGUGGUGGUUUUGACCCAUGCCUAUGGAAAUCGCUCAGGAGUCCGGUACAUGACUGGAGGACUCAAAGUGUAUUAUGUGCCCUGGAGACCCUUUUUUCUGCAGAACACGUUCCCGACGAUUUAUGGAACACUUCCCAUUGUGAGGACUAUCCUUAUACGCGAGAAGAUAACCGUAGUUCACGGGCAUCAAGCUUUCUCUACUCUCUGUCAUGAAGCCUUAAUGCAUGCACGGACAAUGGGGUAUAAAGUUGUUUUCACGGAUCAUUCCUUGUACGGUUUUGCUGAUGUCGGAAGUAUCCACAUGAACAAGGUUUUGCAGUUUAGUUUAGCGGAUAUAGAUCAAGCUAUAUGUGUUUCGCACACGAGCAAGGAGAACACUGUCCUACGAUCAGGUUUGCCUCCUGAAAAGGUUUUCAUGAUACCCAAUGCUGUUGAUACUGCAAUGUUCAAGCCUGCUUCCAUCCGGCCUAGUACUGAUGUGAUCACUAUAAUCGUCAUAAGUAGAUUAGUUUAUCGUAAAGGUGCAGAUCUGCUAGUUGAAGUCAUUCCAGAAGUAUGCCAUUUAUAUCCCAAUGUUCGGUUUAUUGUUGGAGGGGAUGGACCAAAACAUGUGCGGCUAGAGGAAAUGAGAGAAAAGCAUUCUCUCCAAGACAGAGUUGAGAUGCUGGGUGCUGUACCGCAUUCUCGUGUGCGCUCUGUUUUGGUAUCUGGGCAUAUAUUCUUAAACAGUUCUUUAACAGAAGCGUUCUGCAUAGCUAUAUUAGAGGCUGCUAGUUGUGGAUUAUUAACGGUCAGCACCCGUGUUGGAGGAGUCCCUGAGGUUCUACCUGAUGAUAUGGUCGUACUUGCUGAACCGGACCCUGAUGAUAUGGUACGAGCAAUUGAGAAGGCUAUAUCUAUCCUACCAACAAUCGAUCCUCAAGAGAUGCACGAGCGAAUGAAGAAGCUCUACAGUUGGCAAGAUGUAGCCAAAAGAACCAAGAUUGUCUACGACCGUGCUCUCAAAUGCUCUAACCGGAGUCUUAUCGAACGCCUUUCCCGGUACCUCCCUUGUGGUGCGUGGGCAGGAAAGCUAUUCUGUUUUGUUAUAAUCAUUGAUUACCUUUUAUGGCGUUUGCUUCAGAUACUGCAGCCUGACGAAGAUAUCGAAGAAGUGCCCGACUUUGUUCUUCCUCGCAACCGAUGAGACUGUAAUAAAGAAUCGGUGUCUCUGCUUCAUCUUUUGCCACUUUUUGUUGUAUGCCUUUAGGGUUUUUUGUUUUGCUGAAAUCCGAGAGAUUCCUUUAGGUUGUUUUCUAAGGAUCCAAGGAACAAUUUGUGUAUUAGGGUUCUCAUGGAGUAGUAGAAACUAGUUAUUUGUGCAACGGAAACAAAGGGCAAAACACUAUUUGUCUUCAACAUAAGAGUAGAGUUGUUGUCGUGAUU